AUGAAUUUGUCAUUAUUUAACUGAAUAUGAAUUAAUAAUUUCAUUAUUAAGGAAGUGAUAUUAUGCUACUACAUUUAGAUAUUUCAUAUGUAGCAGUCUUUAAUGUGCACUAAUCUGAUGUAGUCUAAUGAAUAAAAUUCGCUAUUAUUUAACACAUACUUAAUGAAUGAUACAGUAUAAUUGCAUUCUUGAAAUUAAAUGGAAAAUUGGUGCCUCUGAGUGCUGAUGUUUGCGCUUGACAAUGUAACGUUCAGGAAAGUUUAUGCAAUGGCACAAGAAUAGUGCCAAAUUGAAAUGUUACAAGAACACGCUUUGAUGAUUUUUACAAAAAAAUAACGCUUUCAUAGGCACGUUCCUUUUUUUGCUUUCAUGGAUGAAGGAAUAGAUGUUUUCUUAAUUUUUAAAUUCUUUACAAAGAGAUGUGGUAUAAUUCAUGACUUGUUAUACAACUCAAAUUUUUAAAUCCUAUGUGAGAUAUCCAAGUUUUUCUCUUUUCCUCUUUUUGUUCAUAUAUUUCUAUGUGUGAAGUGAAGAUCUUUGAAUUUAUAGAUGCUUACCUACGUGAAUCAUUUAUUAAAGCGCAAACAGAAUAACUAUUAAAUAUCUUUAAUUCUUUGUUAUUAGAUUUUUGCUUUUAGAUAUUGGUCGAUUAUUGAAUUCUAUGAAUAUCAUAAAUUAGCGCAUUAAUCUUAGGCCCUAAAAUAAAAUUUUGACUUAUAACUUCUUUCACUGCUGCAUAUUGUUAAAUUUGAUGAUUUCUGAUUCCUAUUUACAUAUAUUUAUAUUUACAAAUAUUUUCACAAACUUGCAUUUUACUACAUAAAGGAUACUUAAAAACAGAUUACAACUCUUAUGUCUUUAUUUGCACAGGUACUUAUUCACAGGUACUUAUUCACGAUUAUACUUAACUACAACUUACUACACAACUUACUAACAAAAUGAAAUAAUUCUUACAUAUUUUUAUAUCUACACAGUUAGAUCCAUAAAUUUUCAAUUAUGCGUAAAUUCCAUAAAUUCUUUGGAUUCCAUAAACAAAACUUUGUUUCACAGAUCUUUUAAUAAAGCGCGCGCGCGCCCACACACACACACACACACACACACACACACACACACACACACACACACACACACACUUACAGAAUCAAUCAAAUAGAAAAUGCGAUGUUUUCUCUCUAUUGACCUAAUCUGUGUACUCUGCGAAUCUUACUAGAUAGAAAUUCGUGUAUUUUUUCAUAAAAUACUAUGAGUCUAAUUAAUUUUUAUAGUUUGAAACUUGAGAGAGAUAAUUCGCGCACAUUUAGAACAAAACCAAGUGAUGACGGUAUAAUUAGAGUGGUUCGGAAUUAUAAUAAGAAAUAAGGCUGGUGAAAAGGAAGAAAAGAGUUAUAUUUAACUAAAAGAAUAUUUUUUCGAACAAAUAGAAUAUAUAUAGAGGAGAUACAUUGUAUUUUUAUUCGUUAGAGUAUUUUACUAAACUUCUGUAAAGUUGCUUCCGCUACAACUGUUGAUUAAUUAAUCGAUGAUAAAGAGAAAUUUAGAGAGAUGGAAGCAAUACAUACUUAACCAUUGUGAUAGCAAAAUCCUCAAAAACAAGAUGGUACAACUGAGCACUUAACAUUAGUGACAAGUUAACGUAAAUCUCUAAUUAGAUAUUCAAUCGAUUCAUAGAUUAUUGAUGCACAUAUACACGCGUACAUAUAUACGUUCCUAUAUCGUUGAUAUUAUCAUAACAAAAGCGAAUUAUUAAAGCGAAUUAUUAUGAAAUAAUUGUACAUAAUCUCUAGUUAACGUACAGUAUUAAAAAAAAUAAUAAUUAGUAAUAGUUUCUCAAUAGUUGAUUUAUGCCUUAAAUUAGCGAUCAAAGAAAUAAAAUACAUAUUUUAAUUGUACUCUAUUUGAUGUUUUUAUCCCACAUUCGAGAAUUUAUCUAUUUCGUGAUUAAAAUUUAAUACGUGUAGAAUGAACAUAAAUUUCUUAUGCUCAAAGCUCGAAAGCAUAUAAUCUAGAUAGUUCACAUUUCGUAUCUACCAUUUCCCCACAUUGACCUCUGUGUUUGUAUACAGAGAACGGAAUUUUAAUGAGAAUCCCAUAUCUUUCCUGUAUAUGAUAUAGCGAAAAUUUCAUAGUUUUCUAUGUAAAUGGUAUUAGAAAAAUCCUACAUUUGUUCUUUCUACACGUAGAAAUUAUUAUUAUAGUGUAAUUAUCUCAUAAAUGGCUUCACCGCAAAGAUUAGUGCAUUCUCUGAAACAUCUAUCACCUCGGUUGCUGGAAAUUAAAUCGAAUAUUAGAGCACCUUCGGUUCCUAAAACUCCAGAUAAUGUUCAUGAAGGAAAGGCGAAAAAUGAAAAAUUGUUAUCACCGUUUAAUAUUGAUACCCCUAAUAGAGUCAAAUUACUUGAGAAUGGUCUACCGAAAAAAUAUCAUUCUAUACUCGGAGCAGGCGCUUUUGGUACUGUCUAUAAGGCGCUUUAUAAGGGAGACCAAAUAGCAGCUAAGAUAAUUCCACGUAAACAGAAUGACGAUGAAACGAUAAAUUCGGAGAGACACGCAGCUACUUUGCGACAUGCCAAUAUCGUGAAAAUAUUGAGUAUAGAACAAGGAAGUAGCUUAUCGCUGAUAGCAAUGGAAUUGUGUGGCAUCUCAUUGCAGGAUAGGCUGCAGGAAUCAGCUCUGCUAAAAGAGGAGCGCGUUUCUAUUUGGAAAGAUAUUGCUCGCGCGCUCCAAUUUUGUCACAAUUCUGGAGUGAUACAUGCAGACGUUAAAGCAACUAAUAUUCUAAUGGCAACUGGUGGUCAGGCUAAACUCAUCGACUUUGGUAGCUCUAUAUUAAUCGACAAACCACAUGUUUCAAUCCAGCCACGAGGAACACCUGGUUAUACAGCACCAGAAAUACUCAAAGGAAAUAUACCUACAUUUGCCACUGAUAUUUAUUCGCUAGGAAUUGUGGCUUGGCAAAUGCUAUCUCGACAAGUACCUUUUUAUGGAUUACAUAUCCAUACCAUCAUAUACAUUUCUGUAAAAGGAACACGUCCUAAGGAUGAAGCUCUCGACGAUGAAUUUGCUGGAAGAUACAAGGAACUAUUCAGAGCAGCAUGGUCACAGCAUGCAGUAGAUAGACCUUCGCUUGAUGAAAUAUAAACAGACUUGACCUUUUGUAAUAAUAAUUAACAUUUAUUUAAUAAGAAUUGAGCUUGAGUUUAUAUCGUUAUAAUCUUACUUGAAAUAAGUUAGAUUACAUUUAAUAUUUCAUUAUAAUUUUAUUAAGGUAAAUCUGAUGAAAUUAGGAUGACUAAAAAAUCAAUUUUAUGUAUCCGGCAUCUCCCCACCAGGCACCAACUGUAGCAAAAUAAAUAAAUUAUAAAAAA